AUGGCGCCCCGCGACGAUAGACCCGAGGUCAGGUUCAGCGAUGCUCCUGGGAUGCCUGAUCCCGGCUUCUACUCCCACGCCGUCACCCUGAAGCAAUCGAGUCGCUUGGUGUUCACGUCCGGAAUCAUCGCGCAGCGACCGGAUGGCAGCUUCCCAGAGUCGCUGGAGGAGCAGGCCGAGACCGUGUACAAGAAUCUCCAGGAGGCGCUGGAAAAGUCGUGCGCGUCUCCGCGAGAUGUGAUCAAGGUCACCUUCUACGUCGUGGACUGGUCGCUAGAGCAGGGCGAGACCUUUAUCAAGCAGUUUGUCAAGUUCAUGACGGAUGAAGAUGGCACGACCCGUCGGCCCAUUACAACGUUGAUUCCUGUCACGAAGCUUGCAAUCCCGGGAGCCAAACUGGAGAUCGAGGUGGUAGCUGCGGUCGGAGGCCAUGCUGAGCGAUACGCAGGACCCUCUGUUCGCUCCUUUGCCCGACCAGGAGCGCCGUCCAAGGUCGACGUGGUGGUGGUUGGCGGCGGCUUCAGUGGUGUGCAAGCAGCGUGGGAUCUGCAAAAGGCUGGGUUGAGCUGCGUUCUUCUGGAAGCGAAGCAUCGCAUUGGUGGCCGAAGCCGGUCGCAGCAACUGCAGAGCGGGCCGGGCAUCAUCGAGCUUGGGGCGACCUGGAUCAACAAGAGGACACAACCAAAAGUGUAUGCCACAGCUAUACGACUGGGCUUGGACGUUGUGGAUCAAUAUACCCAAGGGGACGAAAUCUGGCAGUUCCAUGACGGCGCAGUUGUGAGAACAACUCCUGGCACUCCUCAGGCCGACCAGGUGAACCAAUUCAAUAUCGCGAUGUGUGAGUUGAUCGACGGCGGUGGCCAGGACAUCGACAUCCACAAGACGGACGAGUUCCCCACAAACCUUGACGUUUCGAUGGACACGUGGUCCGAAAGUAAAGGGUUCAGCGAUGAUCUGACCAAGUCCGCGAUGAAGUUCUUUACAAGCGCCGUCGUUGGUCGCGAUCCAGCCGAGACAGGGAUGCAUUAUUUCCUGGAUUACGUCAAGUCAGGGGGAGGAUUCAUGAGUCUCGCGACUGAAGGCGAAGCUGGCGCCCAGUCUCUCAAGAUCAAGCAAGGCACUUCAGCUAUUGCGACUGGUCUGGCGGACGAGAUGAAGCCCGGAUCUAUCUUUAUCAACAGUCCCGUCGACAACAUCCAUCAAACCGCCAAAGGAGCGCUUGUCCACACUGCGACAGGAGACAGCAUAUUCUGUCGGAAAGUGGUCAUUGCCAUCCCAACCAAUACCUACAAACUGAUCAACUUCUCGCCUCCUUUACCUCAUGACAAGAGUGCGCUUGUCUCGCGUACCAAACCAGGCGUAUACGCGAAGGUCAUUCUUACGUAUAGUCGGAUGUGGUGGAGAGACAUCGGAUUAGUGGGCAAAUUCACGAGCUUCAAGGGCCCGAUCUGUUUCUCGUGGGAGAUUUCGGAUGAGUCGCGGCAACAGUACUCCCUGGCGCUAUUCAUCGCGGGGGAGAUCGCAACUAGAUGGGCGACGCUGAACGAGCUCCAACGCAUCGAAGCCGUGAUUGACCAUCUGGCCGAGCUGGUGGGUGACGAGCACGCACACCUGGCUAGAGACGACGUCCUCGAAGUCAACUAUGUCAACUGGGGCGAGGAAGAAUACCUGGGUGGCGCACCCACGUCCGCGAUGGGACCUGGGAUGCUCUCCAGGUACGGUGCAGCGCUGCGACAGCCAUUCAAACACAUCCACUUUGCAGGUGGUGAGACGGCGUUUGAGUGGAAGGGGUAUCUCGAAGGUGCUCUUAGGGCGGGGAGCCGUGCGGCCGAUGAGGUGCUUGCCUGGGCGAAGGAGGAGGGUCUGAUCGGAAAGGUCUCGGCGAACCUGUGA